AUGGAUAAGAUGGGGUCUAUUGAGGAUUCCCGCGAUCAAAACGAGUUUGAAAAUGGGGCAAAUGAGUCGAGCGUUUUAGUAGACGUGAAACGCGUUUUGGGAGAGACUGAGACGGAAAACAGCGAAACUGCGGUUAUUGAAGGGCCUAAACAGCUAGAAAACGAUGCACAAACAGCCAGCAUGGUUCACACGGAGAUCUUUGAGCAAGACAAUCCGUUCUCGGGCCAAGAAACGCGCAGAAUUGAGACAAACGGAAAGGGUUUUAGGGAUCCAAAACGGGUCUUGCAGAACCCUAACAAAGCAUUCGAAGACGAUGACGAUGGCCCACCAAUGGUUUUGGGACGUGGGACUCGCAGCAGUAGCUCCGGAAGCAUUGAUAUGAGCCCUGCAGCAUCGGAUAACGACCAACGCGAUCCACGUCGCCAUGGGGACGAAGUGUACAUUUUGGAGGCAUCCAAGGCUUCGGAAGGCCAAGGACGCACGUACAUCGCGUAUACGAUCAAGCAUGGUGAGUCCAUGGUCCGUCGGCGGUACAGCGAUUUUGAGAGUCUACGCAAGAUUCUUAUUAAGCUUUUUCCCAUGACCUUGAUCCCACCUAUUCCAGAGAAACAGUCAAUUACCAGUUUUGGGCGGGCCAUGGCAGGGUCUAAAUCCAGCUACUUGUUGCCCUCUGAAACCGCAGGCUCGGUUGAUCUGUCCCUUUCAGUCAUUAACGGCGCAGUAAACACAAACGACGAAAAGCUCAUAAGACAUCGCAUAAGAAUGCUGACCAGUUUUUUGAAUCGGCUCCUGAGAAAUGAAGAGAUUACGAAAACCUCGAUAGUUUCAGACUUCUUGGAUCCCAAUAAUUCUAAUUGGAACGAUGUCAUUACCAGCUCUGCAACAAUAUCGUCGCUACCUAAAAGCGUUCUUCUCUGUAACCCGCUAGACCCAACGAACACCACAAGGGCACGUGCAUUUUUACCGAUUCCUUCGUCUUCAACGCAGCUGUUGUUGAACAAAGAAAUUCUUGCCAAUUCGACACCCGACGAGACCGAGGAUGGGUUUACAAAGAUAGAACAAGAAUAUCGCCGCUAUGAACACAUUAUGGAAAAUGGAUUUUACAAAUACAACAAGAGAAUCACAAAAAAUUUGUACGCUAUGCGUCAAGAUAUGAAAGAGCUAAGCGAAGCCUUCGCUGCCUUUUCCAACGAUCAGAAGCGUGGAGCCGAGCUGGUGGAGCAGCUUUCACAUCUGAGCAACGCUUUUGACGAGUCCUCAUUAGAGCUAGAAUCAAUUGUUGGAAAACUCUAUUAUAACAUCAACGAGCCACUAAGCGAAGCCGUGCACAUGGCUGGGGCAGCACAGGAGCUACUGCGGUAUCGCAAACUAAAGAGUAUGCAAAAAAGCAUUGUGAGCAGAACGUUGCUGUAUAGGAAGGCACAAUUGAAAAAGCUGCAAGAGAAAGAAACCGAAGCUAAGAAGAUCGAUGCUCUUGUGGAACAACAAAUGGCAGGCAGCGGUCACGUUAACCUGAAGCAUCCAGAAGCCCGCUCCUACAGCGGUAAAUUUAUGAAUAAAAUCAACAAGUUGGCCACCAUGGUCAAAGACACGGUGAACUAUCAGGAAAGUGACCCUGCAACGGCCAUCGAAAAUUUAGAGAAAGAUAUUGCUCAACUUUCGGAGUCACUAGAAGUAAGCGAGCGGGAUCUCGAGACUAUUUCUACGACGAUAAGGAACUUCGAGCUUCCGAAGUUCUGUACAAGUCGAAACAGCGAGGUGUCAGAGAUAUUGAAAAACUAUUCCCGGUAUUUGAAAGCGCAUGCCGAAAAGAACCUUAAAAUCUGGAAAGAUGUCAAGGAGCAACAAGGAAACGUUUCACACGGCUGA